UGUAUAUACGUCACGGCGUCUUGUAUUCUUGAUUUUUAAAAUUAAGUUUAAAACACAAUUUAUGUUAUUUUUCGAAGUGAAUUAGUAUGGUUUAAAGGUGAAACUUUAACCAUACUAGGUGAAACCAGACCAUAGAUAGGAAUAGUUGUUAUUUGAUUUUGGACAGUGGUGACAGUUGGUUGAUUUUAACCUCUCUUCUUGCAGACAAGUUAAAAGAUUUAGAUAUAAAUCUGGUAAACGUUGAAGGUAGCCUAUUGACCCGCUUCAUUUUUAGAAUAAUCAUUGAAUUAUAUUCAGAUUGUAUCUCACACGGAUUAUUUUUGCCCCAGAUACUUUAGGCUACACAUUAUUGUUCUGACAAGUGAACUGCCAGUAGGCCUAAGUAGCCAACAACUACUAGGGGCCUAGGCUAGGUUUUAACACAGCUUUUAAAACUCGGUUCUCCUCCCCGUAAAACAUUCAAAGUUUAAUCCAAAGAUAAUGAAUGCCACAAACUUAUAUGUUUCAACUUGCAGAUUAGUAAUGCAAGCAAAUGCUGAUGACCCUACUUCUUGGGCUGAUUUAUAUAGGUUAAUUCCUUAUCUGAGACAGUCCCUGUCUUGUACAGUUUGUGGAAAUCUGUUGAUUGAACCAUACACUCCUACUGAAACCAACUGUCAACAUCAUGUGUGUAAGUCUUGUAAAGGAGGGAAGAAAAAACUGAAACCGUCUUGUAGUUGGUGUAAAGACUAUGACAAAUACGUUGAAAAUGUUCAACUUAGGAUAUUGCUUCAAUGUUACAAAAAACUGUGUGAAUACAUCAUAAGUUCAGCCAUGUAUAAAAAAAUAUCCACUGUAAAUAAUUUAACUGGAAACAAUGUUAGUACUAAUCUGUUGGAUGGUUCAAACCCAACACUUAUAAAUCUCAUUCAAGAGGGUGCGGGAUUUGCUGAUGAAUUCAGAACCUCUAAGUCAUCCAAUUUUUCUCUAUCUUGUGUUCAUACCAACUCCACAUCAACACAGACAAACUCUGCUUCAACUUCUACACAAACUAUCUCUGCUUCUGUAGCAGCAAGUCCUGAAAGUGCACCGAUACCUUUGACUUACAAUGGAGAAGAAGAAACUACUAAAUCAAUUCAUAAUGGGUCAGCUGUCGUGUAUUCUGUGCUUCAUGCUGGAAGUGGUAAUAAGUUAACUAUAAAAAGAAAAGCGUCCGAGUUGGUAAAUGACAAUCAGGAAAGAAAUUCUCCAUCUCCUGUAAAAGUUUUAUCACCAACACCAAAACAUUCUAUGAGCCAAGUUACUGAGCCCACAACAAACAGUGGAAUAACACCAGUCAAAAAACCAACAAGAGGGAAAACUGGUUCGUCAUCAGCAGUGAAGACAGGAUGUCGGUGUGGAAAUGCGACGGCAAUACCUGGAAAAUUGACUUGUUGCGGACAAAGAUGUGCGUGUUACACAGAGAACAAAGCUUGCGUCGGCUGUAAAUGUCGAGGCUGUAGAAACCCACGUAAUAGGACUGAAGGGCAAAACCCGUGUAACUAUCAGAUGCUGACUGAAGAUCCUCUAGUCCCUCCACAAAGCGUCUCGCUCACUCCCAGCGAUCUCGUCUCCACGGCUGGAGGAACCGUUCAGGUUGUGGGGGUGUAUACGACUCAGCUCCACAGCUUGACAUCAACUCCGCUACUAUUGGAUGCCAACACUGCUGUGACAACCAUUGGAGCAGACGUUGGAGCAGAAUCUAGUGAACAAAUCCUCCCAUAGACAUUCAGUACCCUAUAGUGAAGAAUUGCAUUUGUGAAAUGAACGGGUUCUUAUUUUUGUAUGUGUAAAAUUCAUCCUCAUAGAUUGUAAGAUUAAAUUAUUAGUGAAA